AUGACCAGAACCGUUUUCUACAUCCAGAACGAUACCUCGUUCAAGAUCUCCUACAAAGGCUCUUCUGGUUCCGACUGGAAGGAUCUGCCAAGCGAGAACUGGACCAUCGAACCUGGUAGCAAUUCUGGCAACCAUACGUUCUCCAUGGGUGACCCAGGCGUCUUUGAGAGCGAUCAUUGGGGCUGGCUUUACUUCACUUUUGUGGGCGACAAGGAGAUCCCCUUCUUUGUUUACGGGCUAGUCAAGUCCGAGAAAGACUUUGGUGACUACGGCGCGGGUUUGUCUGUCAAUGGAGACCCAAAGCCCAGAAGUCAAUCCUUCCCCCGAGGCAAGAUCGGCAGUAGCUACUCCAGCGACAACAUGAUCAGCAUCACCUUGAGAGACAGCGACCUCGUAGGUGAAGAUAUGUCAGUCACCACUUGGCUCACAGACCUGACACGUAUCAAACCGGACGUACUGAACUGGAAUCUAGCUAAACUCCAUUAUCCCGGCUCGCACGAUGCCGGCAGUUUUGGCACCCCGAAACAUCCUGCCAUCCUGGGCAUCACUCAAGAAAAUUGGCAAUGUCAUGAUGAGAACUUCUAUGGACAACUCAAGAAGGGCAUCCGAUACUUUGACUUGCGAUUGAGAUAUGAAGAUGACAAUAGGUUCUGGCCAAGACAUGGAAUAGCACAUCAAGUUGGAGAUGCUUUGGCAGAGAAUGACCAUGAGUUUCCCAAUGACACGCUUCUGGGCCAGAUUCUCCAGUUCAUCAAAGAACAUCCGUUUGAGUUUCUGAUUGUUCAACUUGAUUUUGACAAUGCUGAAGGCAAGCUUGACUUGUUCUGGCGCACAGUGUUCAAUGCCGUUCAAGGACGACUUCUGGCUUAUCCCGGCGACAACAACCCCGUACCUACAGUCCGACAAGCUCGAGAUGACGGCCAUCAGAUUAUCUUCUUCUGCGACAAAAACAAUCUACGACCAAGUGACUCAAACUUAGCAAGCACCUUCGACUCGCACAUCUGGCCUUCGAGCAGUAUGCUCCAAGGACCUUGGAACCAAGAGUCUUGGGGUAGUCUCGAUCCCAACAAAGUCGUGCACGACAUCAACAGUUUCAUGAACAAGACUCCAGAGACCACAUCUCGGACCCGAUUCUGGGGAGCUCAAUGCCAGCUCACUCCGUCUUUUGGUAAUGAGGGCUUCUCGAAGAAUCCAAGUUUCAGUCCGAGGGUUCUUGCCGGUAUCAUGAACCCUUUCACGGCUAAUAAUUUGACGUCGAAUGUGACGUGGAAGCGACGCACGAGUAUCAUAUCUGGCGACUUCUUCACUGAAGAUCUUGUUCUCAAGAUUGUUUCCAUGAAUCUCUGA